CAGUCCCAGGCUCCACGCUCCAGGAAGUUUUUCUGCAGUUUCUGUUUUGGUUUCUUUUCCUGCUGAGCCAGGCUGGCAGUCAGCUCGCACCAUGAAGUUCCUGAAGGCUGCUGUAAUCCUUGUUCUUGCGCCCACUCUGACGCCGGCUUUUGACCCUCUCAGCGCUUCAAUCGUGGCGGGAAGCGCUGUCAUGGCUUGGCACCUCUUCUCCUCCGACUCCUGGCUCAAGUGCCGCUUCCAGGAGUGCUGCAAAAAGAAUGGCACUGUGAGCUUCAGAGCGCUGAAGGCGCAGCUGGACAACAGGCUCUUCGGGCAGCACCUUGCCAAGGACGUGGUGCUGAAGGCGGUGCUGGGCUUCAGCAACAACCCCAGCCCCAAGAAGCCGCUGAUGCUGUCGCUGCACGGCUGGGCCGGCACCGGCAAGAACUUCCUCAGCCAGAUCCUGGCGGAGCAGGUCCACCCCGCCGGGCUGCGCAGCAAGUUCGUCCAUCUCUUCCUGGCCACCCUGCACUUCCCCCAUCACGACCAGGUCAAGCUCUACAAGGAACAGUUGCAGAACUGGAUUCGAGGCAAUGUCAGUGCCUGUCCCUCCUCUGUCUUCAUUUUUGAUGAGAUGGACAAAAUGCAUCCAGGUGUCAUUGAUGCCAUCAAGCCCUUCUUAGACUAUUACGAGGAGGUUGAUGGAGUUUCUUACAGGAAAGCCAUCUUCAUCUUCCUCAGCAAUGCAGGUGGUGAUUUAAUUAACAAAGCAGCUUUUGACUUCUGGUCAAGUGGAAAGCGCAGGGAAGAUAUUCAGUUGAAAGACCUGGAGCCCUUGCUCUCUGUAGGAGUCUUCAACAACAAGAAUAGUGGGCUGUGGCACAGCAGCAUCAUUGACAGGAACCUCAUUGACUACUUUGUCCCUUUCCUGCCCCUGGAGCAAAGGCACGUGAAGAUGUGUGUCAGGGCUGAAAUGAGAGCCCGUGGCUAUGCUGUGGAUGAGAAGAUUGUUCAGGCAGUGGCUGAUGAGAUGACUUACUUCCCCAAGGAGCAGAAGAUCUACUCUGAUAAAGGCUGCAAGACUGUACAGGCCAAGUUGGAUAUUCACGAAGAUCUUGUGAUGAGAGAGAUGAAAGCCAGGGGUUGAUUUCUACUUUGAGUCUCCAAAGCACUUUCAGAGCUUUUGGAAAUCUGUGUAUUUGCACUUACACUUUUUUACUGUUGCAGGGAGUAUGGUGAAAAUACCAGAGUGAGCUGUGUGGGCUUUGUAGCUUGUGUGAUUGGUUUUGGGGGUUUUGGUUUUCUUUUUAGUUUUUUGGGGUUUUUAAACUUAAUAUAGAAUUGGGACUUGGAGAUCAUCUACUGCCAUCCUCUGCCAUGGGCAGGGACACUUUCCACUGAAUCAGGUCAUUCAUAGUCCCAUCCAGCCUGGCUUUUAAGCGCUGUUCAUCUCUGAACUGCUUGGUAUUCCAGUCUUGCCCCCUUUAGUUUUCUUUUAAUCUGUAGAGAGUUUCUAGUGUGACACAGCACUGGAUACAGCCUCUCCUGCUUUAGUCUUCCAGAGUGCUGGGAUUAUUAAGUAUUUAAUUCCUCUUUAGUUUUCCACAUAAACUAGAUUGGAACAAAGGGAAACAGAGGAAUUUUUCCAGAUAGUCAUACUCCCUUCCAUGUACAUGGUCCUGUUCAUAGUGAAAUGGAGGGAUGUGUGCUGUAUUCUGAACUAUGAUCUUAUCUGCAAGGAUGAACUCCUUGGUGCAUUGCAGUAAGAGGAUGAUGUGGUAGAAAUCUUCCUGUGCUUCAGGUGGGCAUCAUCCUACAUCUCCUAGUGCAGUAAUAGGGGAAGUCAGUAUGAGCUCCUUAAAUCUGUUUGUUACUAAAUAACAGAGAGCAGGGGAAGAGGAAGUAAGAGCUUGCCCCAUGUUUCUUUGGGGAAAAAUAAAUUGUUACAAGUGUUCUUUAAAGGGACUAAGUAAAUUGUGACUCCAGGUCUUCCUGUACUGAGGGACCCAUCUGAGAGAUCUGUAACAACAUACUAGGCCAGUCUUCUGUUCUAAAGCAGAAAAAUCUCUCAUGAGAAUUUGACUGUUGCACUUUGUCAGGUUAAUCUGUGUGGGCUCCUGGGCCUGAAGUCUGUAAGGUCUUUAGUCGUCCCUCCCUGCUGCUCCUAAUGGUCAAGGUGUGGAUAAUGCUACUCUCACUUUGCUUGGAAGACACUUGAAUGGAAGAAAUUAUUUUUAAUAGUGUAUUUUUAUGCAGAAGUGUAAGCAACAGUAACAAUCCUAUACCUCAGUAGUUAGGUAUGUUUUCUAGUAGCUUUUAAUGUUAAAAAAUGCAUGUGUGAAAGGGUGAGUGAUGAGUUAAGAAGCUGGGAAAGAUCAAUUUAACCUUCACCCAGUGGGGAGGCUGGGUUUUAAAUGCUGUUGCAAGCUUUAACUCCUAGUCUCCCAUCACUUGUGUAUUGAAUGUUGUAAUGCAAGACAGAAGUGCCUUUCACUUUGCUGAUUGUACUGUGGUUUUAAAUUAGUACAAGAGAUGGGGCUGUUCUUGUGCUGCAUCAUCUAUUCCCUCAUUUGUUCUUAAACUUCCUUGAAGAGGUGAUGCUAAAUUAUAAUCAUUACAAUUAUGUUAAUUAAAAUUACAACAGAGUUUAGCGCUCGUGUUAAGCUCUAAAUUAAAAGUGUUGAUUGCCUUUCACAGCCCCACUGGUGUUUGUCAAACGUUGGCAAGCUGUUCACAGUGACGAAAUCUCCAGAGCCAAACACUAGUAAGCCAUUAACCUUGGGACAUUGGACUGUCACUUUUCAGUGUGAUGUUUUGCCUUCUAACUGAUUUAUUCAUAGUUGUAUAUGCUGCAUCCAGUUUCACUUACUCCAAAAAGAAAAUAUUUGUGCUAUUUCAAAACACUAAAUACUACCAUACUGCAGUUGCAAUAAAAACCUAAGUUACUUCUUC